GUAGGAGAGGGCCAAGUAGUAGUUGCAAAGCGGAAAGAAAAUGGCGGCCGUGGCUGCGGAGCCAGGAGCUGCUGCUGCAUCAACAACAACAACAGUGGGGGACGGGCUCGAGUACGAAGCGGAGCCUGGUGAGCAUGUGGCCGGCUUAGAGCCCGACGCGGCAGCGAUCUUCGUCUCAAAAAUGGAGCUGUGUCACCAGGCUGAGAGUGUGGAUGCAGCUCAGGAAUGCAGUGAGGUCCGAAUGGAAAUGAGAAGGCCGGACCUGCGAGUCGCGGGAAAAGCGCUCCGUGUGCACGCAGAGGAUGGACACAGCGACACGUACGAGCGCGUUCUCACGGACUGUAUGCAUAACGACACUGAGGUUGCAGAGGAGCGCCUGAAAGAGUCGUUUUCUCCAAACGCGCCGGCUGCUCAUAACGAGGUCAGUCCACAUGAGUCCAUCGCCUGCUUUCCGCCCUGCUCCGGUUCAGGUCAUGAUCCCUCCACCGUUUUCUCGCAUUCUGUCCCCGCUCGAACCGUUCUUGAAACAGAGACUGUGACUGAAACAGACGAACCAGCCCACAGUAAUCUGGAAUCGGUGUGCCCUGCUGAUCUGGAGCAUGAUUUCCUAGGAUCAGAGACAGUCACGGAGCCCGAAGCUGCAGGUGAUGCUCCCUGCUCCGACUUCAAACCUGCAGAGGAUGCUUUCCAUGAACGCCCUCAGUCUCCCAAGUCGCAGUCCACUUCAUCAGAAGAGACCUCGUUUAGAGAAUCGGUAGCACAGAGUUGCACAAGUGACUCUUCUAACAUCUCCAGUAAGGACUCUGUCCAGUUUCCAGCAGAGAUCGAGCAUCCUCAAACCUCCUCAGAACCGGAGGAUGAGAGUUUAGUGGGGUGUGACUCGGGUGUCGGCGCAGAGUCUGAGCAGAAACUGUGUGCAGAAACUGUGGACAGACCGCCCGAGGCGAUCUGCGGACUCGUACCUGGUUCCGAGGUUCGGGUCUCACUGGAUCACAUCAUCGACGAUGCACUUGUUGUGUCGUUUCGUUUAGGCGAGAAGAUCUUCUCCGGGGUUCUCAUGGACCUUUCCAAAAGAUUUGGACCCUAUGGAAUUCCAAUAACUGUGUUUCCCAAGAGAGAGUACAAGGACAAACCAGAAUCUAUGCAGAUUAAGACGGAGGCAUUCCAGUCAGAGAAUGAGAAGGGAGUCGCUCAAGGAACUCCUGUCAUCCUUUCAGAGGAACCUGUGCAGGGGCCUUCAGUGGCUCAACCCAGUCCUAACCCUGAGCCCAAACCAUGGACCGUAAAACCACCCCCUUUGUUUCAGGAGGGGGCUCCUUACCCGCCUCCGCUGUUCAUCAGGGACACUUACAACCAGUCGUUACCUCAGCCUCCACCUCGUAAGAUCAAAAGGCCGAAGCGCAGAUUAUACAGAGAGGAGCCCACCUCCAUUAUGAAUGCCAUCAAGCUUCGACCGAGACAAGUGCUGUGUGAUAAAUGCAAAGGGGCUGUGGUACAAGGGGACAAGCGUGAAACUCGCAGAGGCCCUAUAUCAGACUGCCGGAGUGAUGAUGCAAAGCGUCGGCGCAGUGAGAGCACAGCUCCGGGUGCCGGGAAGCGGCCUCGUAAUGAUGCGCGCUCAGGGCAAGCUGCAGCGAUACGGGUCACUUCUUCGACCCCAUCCAGUCUGGGCCAGAGCCAAGUAAAAGGAACAGCUGCAGGGAGCCGAGUGAUUAAAGGAGUGUCCGCCACAGCACCGGCCUCAGCCAAUUCCCGAGUCCAACUCAGUGCCAAGAAAGUGCUGCAGAGCAAAAACGUUGACCACUCGAAGGCACGGGAAGUGCUGAAGAUGGCCAAAGCACAGAAGAGGCAGAGCGAUUCUGUCACUGGCGGCAGCGGUAACACAAAGGCCAUGACGAGGGCUGCAGCUCUUCAAGAGGCCCACCAGAAGGUCCACUUCACCCGACGACUGCAGCAGAUCAGUGGAGGAGGACCAGGCAUGUCCAACCCGCUGCCACCCAGGAUGCGCAUCAAGCCUCAAAGGUACCGUAAUGAAGAAAAUGAUUCUUCCUCAUGUAAGCCACCUUGCUUGGAGAAAGUGCCGGGAGGAGGGCGUUUAACGCUGCCUAAGCUAGCUGCUCCUCGCUGCACCUCCACACGCUCUGCAGGCCAGGCCACUGCCGCUGCAGAGCCUCAGGGUCCAGACGGUGAGUUGGCACGACCCAGAUCCCAACCGAUCUCCCAGUCACCUUCGGACCACAGCAAACCGCAGCCUGAGCCAGAGGAACAGGGGCAGGAGAUGCACGGGAGCAAGGCUGGCAACCUGGUGGUAUACAUGACCCUGAAACCCAGGCAGCCCGAUUCCUCUAGCACCUCCAUGUGCAGCGUCGAUAGUGCAGAUGACUUAAAGUCAUCAAACUCUGAGUGUAGCUCGACUGAGACCCUUGACUUCCCUCCUCCUGGCGAUUUUCGAUCUGCCUCUGCCCCUGGCACAUCUUCCACUUUCAUCUCUGCCUCUUCCUCUGCUCCCAAGGAUUCAAAAAAGCGCAGUAAAUCCCUCAAAGCUGCAGUUUUUUCCAAAAAUGUCUCAAAGUGUGUUGCUCUGGAUGGCAGGACGAUUUGCGUAGGGGACAUUGUGUGGGCUAAAAUCCUUGGCUUCCCAUGGUGGCCUGCCCGCAUCUUAGCUAUCACAGUGAGCCGCAAAGAUAAUGGGCUGUUAGUCAGGCAGGAGGCCCGCGUCUCCUGGUUUGGGUCGCCUACCACUUCCUUCCUGGCAAUUACUCAGCUGGCCCCCUUUCUAGAAAACUUCCAGUCUCGCUUUGACAAGAAGAGAAAGGGUCUGUACCGUAAAGCCAUCACAGAGGCUGCCAAGGCAGCCAAACAGCUCACUCCUGAGGUUCGCGCCUUGCUAACUCAGUUUGAGACGUGAGUCUGUGUGCCUUUGAAAGUGCUGCGACACUGAAGGGAUGCUGAUUGGUCUAUUAUCCAGGACACUGCCAUUGGUCAAGAGCCAGCAGGAUGGGAGGAGCCGUCCUCACAGAGAGAACCAGGUGUACUGGAGAAAUUAUUUUUAUUUAAGAAUAAUUAUAUAUUUAUAAUAAUGAAUUUAAGACUGUCCACCUCCUGCUCAAUCAAUCAUGCUGAUCCUGCUCAAUGUUUUGGUUUUUUUUUUGGCUCCUUCUGUGCACAUUCAGUCACAGCAUGUUUUGAGUAAGGACGUCUGCAAUACUGGACGGCACAGAUUUGUUUUUACUAUUAUAAAUUAUAAGUGAUGUCUAGGCGUCAAGGUAUAUGCAGGGGUUUUUAAGUGUAUGUUUAUCUCUGAUGAAAAUAAGAAUGAAGAAUUCAUUUAGAAAUGAUGGAAACCUUUUCUAUGUGAAAUGCAAUAAAUAUUGCAUGUGCUAUGCUUCAAAGGACAAGUUACAGAGCACUGGGGAGAGAUUACUGUUCUGAGAUGAUGAAUAAAUGCCAGUGUUUCUGCAGAAAUGUUCCUCAUACUCUUUUAUUUUGUUUUGUAUGAAGGGAGAAAGUCUGAGCUUUAAAACCGGGACAGAAUGAAGGCUGGAUUUCCCAAAGCAUUGCUGCUCAGUAGUGAAAAUAAAAUAUAAAAAGUCAAGAAAUUAUUUUUGCUUUUUUUUUUUUUUUUUUUACCUUAUGUUAGGAGUUUAUAAAAGCGUGAGCCAACACAAACUGCUCAGCAAUCUUGUAUGAGCUUUCCAAAAGCAUCACAGCACAAAGAUCACUGUUAAAUGGGAAAGCGAGCAUCACUUUGAACUCUCUCUCUUUCUCUCUCCCAGUUAAAAUGAUCUGAACUUCACAAUGCUUUGGGAAAAAAUUGUUCCUGAACUGUAUAAAGAAAAGAAGUGAAGAAUAGAAUCUGAAGAAAGAAAAAACAGACUAAAUAAUGUGGUAGUAUUGUUCUUUGUGCCACUGCGAGGUUAUAAAGUGUGCAUCCUUACACUGUCAUGACCAAUAACAGUCCAUGUGUCUUGUCAUAGCAUCAUCAGUCCAUCACUCUCCUCCACCAUGAUUUCAAAUCUACGUAGAUUUCUAAGGUUUCUAAAGACACAGCUGUCGAGUUUGACCUGUCAUAAGUUUACAUGGUGACCCUAAAACUAUAUAACAUACUCAUUGCUUUCAGCCGGGUGUUCUUUAAUGCCUCAGAGCUCUGCAUGUAGAGAAAAGAGUGAAAGAGAAAGGGAACGCUGCAAGAACUGUCUGUCUCUCUCUCUCUCUCUCUCUCACACACACACACACACACACACAGUGCCCCCCCCCCCCCCCCCCCCCCCCACUUCUCUCUGGAAGAUUUUCUAAUAUGUUUCAGUACAAUUGGACAACUCAUGAAUAUACAUGAGAAUGGUGGAUGUGGGCUUGCAAAGAGAUUUUGUUAUGAUUGAUAUGUAUCUCUUUAUGAAAUGGACAAUAAAAAUAAAUCUGCUUUUUUUCCCCCCUCA